GCAUAAGUGCGCCCCCUAGAGACGUGGACCCCAUCGGAGGAGCAAACUGAUGACGUGGUUCGUCCGGCCCGUUGCCUACCACAGCAGCAGCAGUAGCAGGAUGGCGGACCAGAGCAGGCAAAUAAAACUCGCCGCAGCCAAAAAAAAGCUGAAGGAGUUCCAGCAGAAGAGCUCUCCAACCAGUGUUGCAGGAGAAAGAGGAGUUUUAGGUGACGCGGGAGCCAAGAAGAAGAGGAAAGUGAAGGGACCCAACCAGUAUGAUCCACCCUCAAUUGACAGAAACUCUCCAGACAAUUUUGACAAUAUUCUCAAAGCAAUUAGUCAAAGCAAUGGAGUAAUCCCGCCUACGUAUAGCAAAAGUCAGACUGUAACAGACAUGGAGACCAUCGGCUCUUCUGGUCCCCUGCCAAUGGGCGAUCUUGGCCGACACUCACCUCUGACUAACACUACUAGCACUAACACCACUACUAACGUCCAGAGUAUCGGCCACCACACUGACAUGCUGCAGGACUACCCCGACACCAAUGGCAGUGAGAGUUUAACAGAGGAUAAUAGACCGCUGUCUUCCACAGAGAGCCUGCGACAGCUCUCUCAGCAACUGAAUGGCCUGGUCUCUGAAUCUUCAGCUGCGCAUGUGAAUGGUGACUGUGCCCCAUCAGUCGGCGAGAGAGAGUUGGACAGUCGGAACCAGGAGCUGUCUGCUGCCCUGGAGUCCAGCACCUUAACAAACUCUCAGCUCAAUACCAAGCUUGACCAGCUGGCACAACAAUCUCGGGAGCUCACAGAUCAGCUGCAGAAGGAGCGAAAGGAAUUUGAGCAAAAGUUUUCCAAAGAGCAGGGAGCCAUGCGGGAGCAGCUACAGGUUCACAUUCAAACUAUUGGCAUAUUGGUGUCGGAGAAAUCGGAGCUACAGACCGCACUACAGUACACACAACAGGCUGCACGGCAGAAAGCAGUGGAGGCAGAGGAGCUGAAUAGUCGACUGCAGUCAACAAAGCAGAGGGUGUCUGAGUUGGAGAGAACGCUUUCAUCCGUAUCGACGCAACAGAAACAAUUUGAAAAGCACAACAAAGAGUUAGAAAAAGAGAGAGAUGCCCUUAGGCUCGAGUUAUUUAGGCAAAACAAUUUGAGCGACGAGUCAAAACAGCAGAGCUCGGAGCUGUCAGAGCAGCUGAGGCAAAGAGUGCAAGAGGCGGGAGCAUUGCGGCUGGAGGUGGAGGACCUACGCAAAAGGCUCGAGAUCUCAGACCUCAUGUUGCAGCAGUGCUCCACCCAGUCAGACCCAAGUAGUGCCAACCAACAGAUCCAGUUACUUCUGGAAGAAAAGCAACAGAUAGAAGUGCACAAUCAACAGCUGAUGGAGUCUGUUGCCCAGCUGAAGACAGAGAGGGACUGCUAUGCAGAGCAGAUUCAGGAGGGGGGCCGCAUUUGGAAGGACAAAACAGAGCAGCUGCUCACACAAGUGUCACUGGUUGCAGAAGAGAGGGACAGAAAUAUUCAACGAGUCCAAGAACUUGAAGCUACAAUCGCUGAGCUAAAAAAUGCUGCAGCGCUACUUUCCAAAGAGAGAGAAGACCAGAGUGCUGCAGAACCUCAGUCCUCAGGUACUUCAGAGAGUGAAUUAGCUCUACAGGAGGCACUCAACUCUUUGCAACAGGAAAAGGAUUCUCUCGAUGCGCAGUACCAGUCACAGCUGCGUGACAAUGAGCAGCUGAGUCGCCUAUGCUCAGAGCAAGAAGCGCGUCUGUUGAAUCUGGAGGAGCAGGCUGAGAGACAGGCCCAGGAGGCCGACACCCGUCGCCGCAUGCUGGAAGAAGUUCAUUCAGACAAGGCGACCAUCAGCCGUGCUCUCACGCAGAACCGAACACUAAAGGACCAGCUUGCUGAGCUGCAGAAUGGUUUUGUACAAUUGACAAAUGAGAACAUGGAGCUGACCACCGCCAUUCAGUCUGAGCAACAUAUUAAGAAAGAGCUUGCGCGCAGGAUGGGUGAGCUUCAAGAGCAGCUGCACAACGUCAAGGAGCAGCUGGAGGAGAAAUAUAAGGAAGCUCAAGGUCUGGCCGAGCAGAGGGACCAGGUGGCGGCCCACCUCCAGCAGUACAGCGCCGCCUACCAGGCGCUGGUCACCGAGAGGGAGCAGAUAAACCAGCAGUAUUUCACGCAGAGCCAGAUCAUGGACCGGCUGCAGCAUGAUGAGUCCAUGGGGCGCGCUCAGCUGGAAGUCAGCCAGAAUGAACUUAAGCGAGCACAGGAGCAUUUGGAUCAUUUGGUGAAAGAUAACGAACAUUUGAAGGCUGAGGUGAGGGAGCUCCUCAACAGCUCAGCUCUUGCCUUGGCACCCAGAGAUGAAGGUGACGGCGUGGAAAGCCAGUUACCUCAGGAGAGCGUUACAGAAUCAUCCUCCAUUAUCAUCCCGCAAGACUUCGAGAACCAGAAAGAAAUGGAAGAGUUCAUCCGUGGUGCGUUGGCUGGGUUGGAGGCACAACGAGACGAGGCAAGGAGGCAGCUGAAGGAAGAGCACCGACUCCACAUGGCCGCAAAGCACCAAGCUGCUGUGGCUCUCAGCCUCGAGCAGCACAGCCACCGUGGGCAACAUGAUCACGAUCGCCAUCAUGAUCAUCUGCACACUCAGGACCAAAAUAUUCACUGUGAACACAGUCUCCAACUUUCAGAAGGAGGAGGAGUACCAGUGGAAGUUUAUCAAGCAUUACAGACUGCAAUGGAAAAACUCCAGCGGCGGUUCACCUCACUCAUGCAGGAGAAGGCUGAUCUGAAGGAGCGCGUGGAGGAGUUGGAGCACCGCUGCAUCCAGCUGUCCGGCGAGACGGACACCAUCGGCGAGUACAUCGCCCUGUACCAGAGCCAGAGGGCCAUCAUGAAGCAGAAGCACCAGGAAAAGGAGCAGUACAUCAGCAUGCUGGCUCAGGACAAAGAGGAGAUGAAGGCGAAGCUGGCAGAGCUGCAGGACCUGGUCAUGAGGCUGGUGGCCGAGCGGAAUGACUGGUACAGCAGAUAUGCCGGUGCCAUGGGUGGCGUGGCCUCUGCCAACCCCGACCUCCUUCCUGUUGGCAAGGACCACCGUCACCCCAAUGAACGAGCAGACAGCGAUGACCUCAAUGCUGAUAUCGAAGCAGGUCAGCAUGGAGAAGAAGCCAUGGAGAUCAUCCCUCUUUCCGAGCCCACCGCCGACCAUGAAGCCCCCUCGCCUGACAUCCCGCCCCCAUCCAAGCCCAAGCUGCCGCCUCUGGUGGCCCCCAAGGAGGACGGCACGGCCCGCCAGAUCAUGCAGCUGCUGCAGGAGAUCCAGAACCCCCAGGGGCCACCGCGGCUACCCCCUUUCAUGGGCGAGAACCCCUGCAUUCCCUUCUUCUACCGUCCCGACGAGCAGGACGAGGUGAAGAUCCUGGUAGUGUGAGACCGCAACGCUGCUCAUCCAUAUAGCUAACGACAUACCAAGUGAACGCUGACCGCUUUUCCCUACGCUCAAGCGCAAUAACAGGCCCUCACGUCUCCUUACUUGUGACACAUCACGUUUGAAUGUACUACUUAUCAAAAACUGGAGUUUGUGGGUGUGUGUGUGCGUGCGAGGUGGAGUCAGAUGCGUAAUUUUAUAUUGUUGAGAUAAUAGAAGUUAAUUGCACUAAAAGAGUUUGUACAAAGCGUCACGAUAAUGUAUCCUAUGAAGCUUCUACAGCUGAGGGUGGCACUUUGAAGGUAAUAAGGAUGAUAGAUGGAGCUGUUAUAGUUACUAGACCUUUUCACCAAAUUUUCCAAAAUUGUAUGUAAUCCACCACCAACUGUAUUGCUCCAAUUGUACUGGGCAGCAAUCUCCUUUCCCAAGUCAAACAAAGUAGCAUUUACUGUAUUGCUUUGAACUUGCAUUACUUCCCUGGGUGUCAUCCUUUCAUUGGUUCAUUCUGUUACUGUCCUUCCAAAUACGAUACCCAUUGAUGUCUGAGGUCUUUGGGAGUGAGCCAACAAACUAUAUCAGGGGUGUCCAAACGACAGAACGGAGUGCUUUGGAACUCACCGUCCAAUUAUUAUAAUUUUUUUUUUUUUGUUCUUACAUUUUUUUUUUCUCGGUAUACCGUAUGGGUGGCAGUGUGAAAAGUGUGGGUGUCAAAAAGUGAUCUGCAACACCCACAUCCUCCAUGGGUUGUGGUGCCCUUGACAACUACAAGGACUACUAACUACUACUUCUAAUAAUAAUAAUUUUCCAUAGAGAUUUUCUGUAUAUGCUAAGUGGUAACAUUUGUUCAUAUCGAUGAAUCGUUAAUUCUUGGAGAAGCAAUUAAAUGUUUUGCUUCCCAAUUGGUCAGCUAACUACAAAUUGUGCCUGUUUUGGUUCUGAAUGUGGAGAUCUGCUGAGUGCAGCUAUAUAUAUAUAUAUAUAUAUAUAAUAAAACUAUAUCAUUAUGUGAUUGAUUUUUAGCUUGUCUAAUAAAUCCAAAGGAGUUGAAGAAUUUCAAGGUGGCUAUUGUAUCCUUCAAUUUUUCUGUAUGUGGCCUCAAACUAAAAGGUUUGGACACCCCGAUAUAAAAAAGGGUUGUAUCGCUACACUGUUACGUUUGUGAUUGAAAGCGAGGAGGAGAGGGAGACGAGUGAUCAUGCAAGGUGGGUGUAUAUAUUGUAAGUCUGUAUCAUAUUGUAUAUUUGUGGCCAGCUGCGUAUGUGCAGAGGUGAUAGUGACUUGACGGACUAAAAGAGAUGUAUAUUAUUUAUUAUUUGGGAUGAUUUAGUGACUCAACUAAUCAGUUUUGGAUGUGAAAGAAGUCUUGCAAAAGGAAGUGAAUGGAUUUGUUGGCUUAGAUUUUUUUUCUCCGCCCUCUACUGAAUAAAACUGAUUGAGCAACA